CCGGAGCGGGCAGGGGGCGGGUGCUGCUCCUCCGCAGGGGAGUGGGGACGAGGCUGGGCUGGUGCGCGCGAUGCCUCGGAGCCUCGAACUCCGGAGGGCGCGUUUGGCUGGGGCGCGGCGUGGGCGGCGGGGGAUCGCAGCGCCGUGGGGCAGGGAGGCGGGGCUCCGGUUUGCGGCGGGAGCCUCCGGCGGGUUAACACUCGCUAGGCGAGAGUGGGGGCGAAGCGCUACGGCGCCGGGAGGAGGCUCCUGUCCCGGACUCCGCGUUAGGCCGGAGUGGGGGGCGCGGUGCUGCCACGCCAGUGUUCAGCAGGGGGCGCUGCUCCGGGCGUUGGGCGGGGGUGGGGUGGGCGAGGAGGGGGGGCCGCGACUUGCUGCGCACACUUCCCCCAUUAUUAAACACUAUGUUCAAAAGGCGCCGGGGGACUUCCCGGAGCCACGGAGCCCGCGCCGCCCGCCCGCCUGGCCCACGGAGCCCAUGGACCUGAGCGCGGCCGCCGCGCUGUGCCUCUGGCUGCUGAGCGCCUGCCGGCCCCGCGACGGGCUCGAAGCGGCCGCCGUGCUGCGAGCGGCGGGGGCAGGGCCGGUCGGGAGUCCGGGGGGCGGCGGCGGCGGCGGCGGCGGGCGGACCCUCGCCCCGGCUGCGGGCGUCUCCGCUGCCCCGACCGCCGCGGCUCCCGGAGCCCGCGCCGCGCGCCGGGCCGCCGGCUCCGGCUUCAGGAACGGGUCGGUGGUGCCGCACCAGUUCAUGAUGUCGCUUUACCGGAACCUGGCCGGGAGGGCUCCCGCCGGGGCAGCCGCCGCCUCCACCUCGGGCUCUGGCCGCCACGGCCGCGCGGACACAAUCACCGGCUUCGCAGACCAGGCGAACCAAGACGAAUCGCCCGGCGAGACCGGCCAAAGCUUCCUGUUCGACGUGUCCAGCCUUCCCGACACCGACGAGGUGGUGGGAGCCGAGCUGCGCGUGCUGCGCCGCGAGUCCCCGGAGCUGGGCCCUGGCGGCGCGACUCCCCCGCCGCUGCUCCUGCUGUCUACGUGCCCCGGCGCCGCCCGAGCGCCCCGCUUGCUGCACUCGCGGGCCGCCCAGCCCCUGGCCGGAGCGCGCUGGGAGGCGUUCGACGUGGCAGACGCCGUGCGGCGCCACCGCCAGGAGCCGCGCGCCACCCGUGCGUUCUGCCUCUUGCUGCGCUCAGUGGCCGGUCCCUCGCGGGGCCCGCUGGCACUGCGGCUGCUGGGCUUCGGCUCACCGGGCAGGGGCCGCGCGGCGGCGGAAGAGCGCGCUCUGCUCGUCGUUUCCUCCCGCACGCAGAGGAAGGGGAGCCUCUUCCGGGAGAUCCGCGCCCAGGCCCGCGCGCUCGGGGCCGCGCUGGCGGCGGAGCCGCCGCCCGACCCGGGACCCGGCACGGGGUCGCCGACGGCGGUCAUCGGCGGUCGCAGGCGGCGGCGGACGGCGCUGGCCGGGGCGCGAGCGGCGCAGGGCAGCGGCGGGGGCGCGGGCCGGGGCCACGGGCGAAGGGGCCGGAGCCGCUGUAGCCGCAGGCCGCUGCACGUGGACUUCAAGGAGCUGGGCUGGGACGACUGGAUCAUCGCGCCGCUGGACUACGAGGCGUACCACUGCGAGGGCGUUUGCGACUUCCCGCUGCGCUCGCACCUUGAGCCCACCAACCACGCCAUCAUUCAGACGCUGCUCAACUCCAUGGCGCCCGACGCGGCGCCGGCCUCCUGCUGCGUGCCGGCGCGCCUCAGCCCCAUCAGCAUCCUCUACAUCGACGCGGCCAACAACGUGGUCUACAAGCAGUACGAGGACAUGGUGGUGGAGGCGUGCGGCUGCAGGUAGCCUGCGGGCCCGGGGAGGGGGCGGCCGCGCCACCCAGGACCCCCUGCUGAAGGGCAGCUGCGGCCGGGGUCUGCCGCCGAGCGUGGGUGCGCAUCGGACACUGGCCCCGGGCCCGCACGGUGGAGGGCGAGCGCACGUUCACACUCACACCAGCACUCACACGCACACACUCGUUCACUCAUGCACACAUUUACCUUGGGCAGCACCCAAAGCCCUGGCAAGAGACGACCUGACGCUACCGAAUGCGUACUCACUCUGCAAACGCACCAUCGCACCCACCGCCCCCUUUUGGAGAGAGGAGGCUGUUUGUGUUAACGUUACAAUAACAGGCACUAAAUGGGGUAGAAAUGGGUUAGGGAAUUGGGGGUUCCAGAAUGGAUGAAUUAAUGGGGGUACUGGAGUUUUAUCUCACCCGUUUUUGUCUGUGGCUGAGUGUGGGGGAACGCCCGGCUGGGUGGCUGAGUGCCUGGUGUUGCACCUGGAAUGGACAGAACGGCUGUCAUGCCCUUUCCCAAGGUUUGUGUUGCAUUUACUCUGGGAAGGAACCGCUGCAAAAAGGCAUGUUUAUUCUUUAAUUUAAAAAAAUCUAACGUGCCCCUUCAAUUUUGAAAGGGAACAUUUGUCCUAAAGAAUUCAUGGUGGAGCUACCCAGAUCUUUGCAAAGGUCAGCACUACCCUUUUAAAAAAGUCAGUUCCAAUUGGGGAUGAUCUAGAAUGUGGGAAAAAAUGUUUUUCUUUGGGGGGGGGAGUGAAAUGGAGGAGAGAUUAUAAACUGCCAGUCUGAACUGAUAUGAACUUGGGGGGGAUGGCACGCGUCAGGUUCUGAAGCUCCUAGGCUGGGCAGUUCAACGUGGUGGCGGUGCCUUGGGGGGUGCUGAGGAGGAGGCUUAGUGCAGUGGCUGGGAAUGGGGGAAGGCGGGCAGCUGUGCCUUUUCCUAGAGACCUGCCAGGAGGUUUUGCUAAGGAGCUGGGAAAGAGGCUCCUAGGGCUUUGAAAGAGGUGGGGAGGCGUCUCGGGGCGGGCGAGCGGGCUUCUGCAGAAGACUCAGGCUUGUCUGCCAGGUAGGCGCAACCCUCUCCAAAUGGUGUGCUCAGAAUGGGCCAACAUGUGCUUGCGCUUAGCUAUCAAGUCUGUGUUGGCUUUUACACGCUUUCACUGUGUUGUUGCUGUAAGUUUUGGCAGUGUGAUAGUAACGGGAAGUGAAGCAACACAAAAGUGCUUUUGUGAGAUUUCAGCUCCCCACAACCCAGUGGUUCAGAGCAGGAGGAAGCCCCCCCCCCCGGCCCCCGCCCCAAUGUAGAGGGGCAUUUGCAGCUUGGCUGUUGUGGCCCCUUCAGAAGGGCGGAGCCUUGGUGCAGGGGGGAGGGCAGAGGUGGAAGCCUCUUCCCCCAGUCCUGUUUUUGUCUUGUUGAUGGUAGGACUGCUGGUCCUUAUCUAGGGAAGCUAGAACAUGCCAGCCUACAUUGUUUUAUUUGGUUCAUUUCUGCCCCAGAGUCCUUUGUGGCCUUGUGUAAGUGGCUGAGAGAGGGAUGAGAAACAAUUUGGAUUCCACCUGUCUGGGGCUCCGAGGGCUUCUUUGAAAACCCCUGCAGCCCUCCUGAGUACUCCUCUUUAAGGCUGUGUUGGGCUUUCACCUUUGGGGUCCCUGAGAAAGGCAUCCAUUCCAUCUUCUUGUCUUGGAUGCUAAGGUCCAGAUGAGUUAUACAAAUUUUAAUUCUCAGUGAUUAAACAUUCAAGAGGGAGGAAUACUAAGAAUUUAGAUACAGCUACUUUACUUAAGGGCUCCACCUGAGUCCGUUCUAUCCCGUAAAAUUCCCCUGAAGGAAAAGAAAAUACAUUUACAAUGUGAAUUUAUAUGCUGUGGCUAUCUGAGUAGCCAUAAAUAAUGAAAAAAUGCAAGUCUCUUUAGGUUAAAACACACAAAAUUCCCGAGGUGGCAGCUACGGUACAUCUCCCCCCAAUUUCAGUGACCUGUGGUCCCCUUACAUUUAUGGAUUUUGCCAGAGAACCUUCGCUUUUCUAAACUGUUUUUAAUAAUUGCAUGGUGAUUGCUCUGUCAUAGCGAAGAAUAAAAAAAUGACACUAAAAUAUUAAAGGUUGUAGUAUUUGAAGUUUUAGAAAGGGAGUUAAUGAAAAAACUAGCUAUACUUUGAAGAAAUUCUAGGUUAUUUAAUAUCUUGGACAAAAGGAAACAUUUUGGUUCUUUUUUAGUGACUCGGAAAAACAAAGUUUUGAGAAGACCUGUUUUGAUUUAGCCUGAGCUUUUUGUGGCAGGAAAAAAAAUGUCCAUUUUCUCUGUGGGUUUUUUUUUUUUUUUCCUGAUGACCUCCUUCUACCAAGUUGUGUUGUAAGUGGUGUAGGAAGUAGGCAUCUUCCUGCAUCUGGAGGUCCCGGCUGCAUCCAGGGUGGGGGUUGUCCAUGGGCAGUGACAGUUCCUCGGAUCAUCUCAGAUGUCCUCAGGGUGUCCUUGUUUACUGACUAGAAGCAAUGCCUCCGGGAAUUGCUCUGGAGCUGCCUGUCGCCCCCAGGGACGACCUGUGCCUGCCACAACUCUGCUUGGGCCUCUGGCAUCUCAGAGUUAAAAGUAGGUGAACGGAGAAGAUGUGUCACACUUUGUAAAAGUGACAGCAGAAGGGCCACUGCACGUGGAGGCAGACGUGUUUUUGCUGCUGUGAUGUGGUUCGAGCCGCUUUGCCAGGAUUUGGAGAAGGAUCCUGCCGGCGCAGCUGGGAGUGCCCUGUACUGACUGUCUUCUAGGCAGGGGGGGUGUGGGGCCAAGUCACUCAGCUGGAAGCCCCAGUCCCCACCCUCGGGAGAGCUGCUGGCAAGCAGGGUUAAAGCGUGUCAGCACUGUGAGCGAAGGCAGCGUCCCUUUCCCAACUCAGGGCCCCCUGGGUCUGGGGCCACCACAAUAGUCUUCCUCAAGUCCAGCGAAUUUUCCAUUUUGUUGGGGGAGACUUGUGCACUUUCGGUUGAGACCAUGUGAACCACUCCUUCCUGCUAGAGAAUAGGGUGGGCAUCCCUGCUUGGAGAGCACAGGGCGGGCCAGCUGAGGCCCAAGGGGGUUGGUGCUGGGUUUGCUAAACACGAAGACAGGCUGGUCAGUGCUGCUGGAAGCCAGGCUUCUGUAUUAAGGGAGACACGAUGCCCAAACGCUUGCCUGGUUGAAUUCUGGCUUUCCAAGCAGCAGGGUCAUGUCCUCCCGAGGGGGUGUCGGGCUCUGUUGUCUCAGCUUGAGCUCUGUCCAUUCCUUACGCACGGACUCCCCUUCAUCCUAGUGUGCCGCCAUCUUACUACCGCAGUGGCAUGGGGAAAAGAAGAGCGUGGACUGUGUGAUGUCGAGUCAAAUUUGGCAAACCCGGUGCGGUGACUGCUCCCAGGACAGUCUCCCGGAAGUGUCAGCAGGAGCGGGGACCUUGCUGUCAGUGCUGAAGGGAGUACGGACCACCCUGUGGAUGUAAUCAGAGUGUAACCCAAAUUCCCCAAGUCAUUUACCCUGUUUGUAAUUUUAUUGAAACUCAUAGCAGAAAAUAACCCAGGACUGUAGACUGAUUUUCUUCUUAAAGCAGGGAAAAAAUUGAAUUCUUUCCAAGAGGAGCUUGUGCACAGAAAAAGGCAGACUCUUGCCUUGCUUGAAUCUGGUCUCCAGAAAACGGGGUGAGAAGAAGAGCCAGCACGAUAGCUGUUUCUGGGUCACAAACAUCAUGGGGGCCUCGCUGAUCUCCUGAGAGUGCGUCGGUGGGGAUGCAGAAGCCUCCCCGGGCUCAGAAAGCAGGGCCCUCUCAGUGGGCCUGGGCCAGGAGGCUUCAGGCAGGUGCCCAGUGGGCUGGGAGGAUUGAGGGUCUGGAAGGCAGCCAUCUGUCACUGGCAGGGAAGGACCUGCAUUGUCCCCUCAGGGGUCUGGAUUGGGAAGGGAAGAGAGGCAGCUGACAAGUUGGAAGAUGUUGGGAGUGAGAUGGGAGAGAACUGGGUCCCUCUGAGGUGUGUCUGAGCUGCACUGGUGUGUCUGGGGCCUUCUACGUACCCAGGAGGGAACCGCCCCACUUGAGUGUGUGUACGUGUGUGUGUAUGUGUGUGUGUGUGUGUAUGUACGGAGACUUCUGCAAAGAGGUGUUUCUGUAGUCAGGGGGUCUGUUGGCAGGACCGCUUUGCACGCUGGUCUAGGGAGCACUUCCUUCCGCCAGGUUGGAAGCUCUGCAUUCCAGACAGGCCCACCAGGUAAGAGCUGUGGUGCAGAAACUUUCUCCUUGCUCUAAGUCGGUGAUAGGAAGCUGAAACAAGUCGUUGAGAAAAACAAGGACAAGCUUCUGAUGGUCGAGCGAGUCCCAGGCACCUUGCCGCUGGGUAGCACAGACCUGCCGGGAUGUGGCUGGCUGCUUGGUUUCUGCGUCUCUAUUCCACCAUCUUUUGAGCCGUCGGGGAACAGGAGCGUGGCCCCGGGGCAGCUGGAGAUUUGGCCAGGCAGGAGGUGGGCCGGUGGCUGUCCUUCUUUGCACAGUCGCCUCCGCACUGCUCCAUCGGGCCUGCGGUGGCAGCGACCACACCCAGCUCCUGCAGCUAGAGCCGGGCCGGAUGCCUGUGCUGAGCCUACACCCUGCUCGGCCGCUUGGCGGCCAGAAUCUAGAACCUCGUCUGAACCUUCUGGUCCUGAGGUGUGCUUGUGGUUGACAGAAAGCAGAUGCCCUGGGAGGCUUAUUCGUGGGAGUCCUGCUGAAUUGGAGGCAAACACAAACCCAUCUGAGGCACAGAGGCUAACCAGUCCCUGAAGCCGGUCCCCGGGCUGCAGGAUGGGAGGGGGCGUGGUGGCCCGGUGCACCUGCACACGGCGUGCGGCCGUCUUCUGUCCGCGCACGGCUUCCCGGCGAGCCUGGCCUCUCGCAGACCUCACGCGUGGGCAGCCCUAGCCUGGACUUGUCAGCCCAGGGAGUCUGAGAAGCAAGUCUGACGACGUGCAGGGGAAGCCUUUCCCGGUCUGCGUGCUUGUCUCCGAGUGACCGAAGGCUGCCGAGGGCCGAAGAUGACACACGCGUCCCAGGUUUGCCCGGGAGCUCGGGACAGCAGCAGCAUGGCUUGAGAUGAGCAGGCUGGUUCGAGGAUGGGGUGCACCUGCAAGACAGGGCUUAUUUUUCUUUGCAGUUUACAUUUCCGGGUCAGGGCCUGUCAGAGUCCGAGGAAAGCCAGCCAUUCAGCAUUCUGUUUAGAAAAUGAUGAUACAUGUUCAGGGAGAAAGCAAGAAUGUAUUUUCUGGCUGGGAAAUCCUCGAGGGUUCCAAGCCAGGAACAGAGACUCUGGAAGGUGGAGCUUCUCUGGCUUUCUCCACCUCGGGUAAGUCACAGAUCCAACAUAAGCUUCCUUACAGUAACGGCUGUUUUGUUGUUGUGGUUGUUGUUCGGGGUGGUUUGUUUUGUAGUCCACUUUGACAGUAGUGCAAAGAGCUUCUGUGUUUUCUGUGACAAAGAAUCAUAACUGAGUCACUUUAGGUCUUUCAGCUGAAGUAUUUCGCCCCAAAUGAAAAGUUAAUACAUCUUUUUUUUUAGAAGGAUUAGCAUACUGACUGCAACUUGCCGUUCAUCAGAGAAUAGGGGAUUCAGAAAAGUUUGGGAAGCUUUUUUUUAAAAAAAAUACCUAUCAAGGGCGCCUGGGUGGCUCAGUUGGUUGAGUGACUGCCUUCGGCUCAGGUCAUGAUCCUGGAGUCCCUAGAUCGAGUCCCGCAUCGGGCUCCCUGCUCAGCAAGGAGGUUGCCGCAGAACACGGGCACCAGCUUACGGCAUGCCCCUCUUUGUGCAGGCUCUGCGUGGGCAGCGUCGUCCGGCAAGACGGGCGCCUGCCUCUUAGCCAGUCCCUUGACUCUGCCGCCAAUGCUGUGGUUCUAAGGAAAUGGGCAAAACUCAAAGUGACAGCUAUGCCAUCACAGCUCAAUACGCACAUUCCAGCAGCUGAAGACAGAAUGUAUUAUUCUGGGGGCCUGAAGUCCCUUUCCUUUCGCAGUGAUACCCACUAUUUCUCAGCUCAGCUCGGCAGUAAGAUGGGGCAGGUGGUGAGAAUUGUAAACUCACUGAAUGCAAGCUGAAAUCCCCUUGUCGGCAGUCUUCCAGCUCUGGUCUGGCCGGAGCAGAGCUCCGAGGCUUGGGGGCUGGAGACCGGGCCAUCUCCCCUCUGCUCCGCGGGGUGGCUGGGGCAGCAGCCGCUGAUGUUGUGAGUGCUGCCCACGCCCAGGCCGGCUGGCAGGGAGCUCAAGGCCAGGUACAAACCCACUGUGUAUAUGUAUUCUCAAGUUUAAAUAGAUUGUACAUAUUGGAAUGUAAAUGAACUGUAAAACAGCAAUCUCUAUUUUUCUUGACAGUUAUAUAGCAGUAUAUAUUUGUUAAACGUGCUCUUGUAUGCUCUUCACAUUAACCAUUUUAAUAUUUUGUACAGAUAAGUUGAUUAAAUAUUUUAUUGAUAAA